AUGCCUCAAAUUCCCUACCCGGGAAGCGGGGGUGGGACUGUGAGGGGAAACCAAGGAGAGGCAAGGCAAUGCUACAACGUCGCAAUGCACUUGUCAGUGCUGGUGGUACACGGGGGUGGAGAGCCAAGAUCGAUGGAACAAGAUGAGUUGGAUCCCCGCGUGGGAUCCGAGACAGCUGUAGAACCUAUGGAGGACACUGAGGAAGUAAAUGUGUGUGACCUCGACUCCACCAAGGUUAUCCGUCCAAGAAAAUACCUAGAGCUAGAGGAAAGAAGCAAGAUUAUUGAAACAUUAAAGGUAGCCACAAAUGUUUUUGCGUGGUGCCAAGGGGAUAUGACCGGCAUAAGACCCCAUGUGAUUACCCAUGUCUUAAACAUUACCCUAGACAUGUUGUCGGUACAGCGAAAGCGACGUCCUCUUGACCCGGUAAAAGCAGACGCCUUAGAGAAAGUGGUAGAUAAGAUGUUAACCAAUGGCCUAAUUCGGAAUGUGUACUACUCGGAAUGGUUGGCUAAUCCGGUAUUGGUACCCAAACUGAAUGGGACGUGGCGUGUUUGCAUAGCCUUCACCGAUCCCAACAAGGCCUCCCCAAAAGAUUGCUUCCCUUUACCUCGAAUUGACCAAAUGGUGGACGCCACUUCAGGAUUCAAGCUGCUGUCCUUCAUGGAUGCCUACUCUGGAUACAACCAAAUCAAGAUGCAUGUCGCAGAUCAAGAAUACAACCUCGCAGAAUGCUUCGAAGUGGUCUGGAGAUAUGGGAUGAAGCUUAAUCCAAAGAAGUGUAUAUUCGGCGUAAAAUCAGGAAAGUUUAUGGGAUUUAUCGUCAGCCAACGUGGAAUAGAGGCAAACCCCAAAAAAAUCCAGGCUUUACUAAACAUGCCUUCCCCCAAGAAACAUAAGGAUGUGCAAAGCUUGACUGGAAAGAUUGCCGCCUUGAGUCGAUUCAUUUCCCAGUCAACUGACAAGUGCAUCCUGUUCUUCAAUAUUUUGAAGAAAUGUCAAAAAUUUGAGUGGUCUGAAGAAUGCGAGGAGGCAUUCAAAAAACUAAAAGAGCACAUGGCCAAAACACCGGUACUGUCAGAACCAGUUCACGGAGAGGACUUGCUAUUAUACUUGGUCGUUUUCGAGAACGAUGUUAGUGCGGCCCUAGUUCGGGAAGAGGACAAGACCCUACUUCCAGGCCAUCCCAUUAAGGUACUUACAAAUCACCCACUUUGGCAAGUCUUGAAGAAGCCUAAAGCCUCAGGAAGACUCCUCAAAUGGGCCAUGGAAUUGAGCCAGUUCGAUAUGCACUACGUCCCACGCAUCUCCAUAAAAGGACAAGCCCUGGCGGACUUCAUAACGGAAUGCAAUGAGACAGAGGCUAGCUCUAAUACGCCAACCCCGCGAAUGUCGGCAUGGAAGGUGUUCGUGGAUGGGGCGUCAAAUGAGAAUGGAUCUAGAGCCGUAUCGCCAGACGGACUCCGGCUCCAAGCCACCUUGUGCUUCGUGUUUCCAGCUUAUAACAACGAAGUCGAAUAUGAAGCACUAAUUGUAGGACUAAGAUUGGCCAAAGUUGUGGGGGCUACAAGGGUAGAAGUUUUCAGUGAUUCAAAGUUAGUGGUCAACCAGGUAUCAGGGGAAUAUCAAACGUGUGGAGAAAAAAUGGUCGCUUACGUAGCAAUUGUCAGAGAAUUGCUUUAA